AGCAGAGGACGAAUCAACUAAACCCUAAACCCUUUCACUGAAUCGGCCCGAGCUUUGCGAUUCCGUCUUCUCUUGUAAAUCUUCCGAUUGUAGACUCUCAUGGCAUUCUAACAUUGUAGCUUUGGAAGGAAAGGAUCUUGUUUUGUACAGAAUUUUAGUGGGGGGAGAACUUUGGAUUUUGGACAAUUUUUGGUGCUUUGACAACCACCGUCAAACAUGUCUUCGUUGAGGAAUGCUCUUCCACGACCGGCUCAUAAGGAGCGAGCUCAACCGCAAGCAAGGAAGAAAUAUGGCCUUCUCGAGAAACAUAAGGAUUACAAAGUCCGUGCAGAUGCCUACCACAAGAAACAGGAGGCUUUACAGAAACUCAGGGAGAAGGCAGCGUUCAAGAAUCCAGAUGAAUUUAAUUUUAAGAUGAUUAGGUCAAAGACAGUUGAUGGAGUUCAUAAACCAAAGGAUGAGGGGAACAAAUACACCUCAGAAGAGCUUAUGCUAAUGAAGACGCAAGAUAUUGGAUAUGUUCUCCAAAAGCUGCAAAGCGAGAAAAAGAAAAUCGAGAAACUUACCGCCACUCUACACUGUCUUGACAAUCCGGUGGGUGGCAACAAGCAUGUUUACUUUGCAGAAGACAGGGAGGAGGCCAAAGAAAUAGAAUUACAACUUGCCAAAAAGAAAAACCCGGGCGGUUCCGAGGAUAACACUCCGAAACAUAUCAAAAGGAAGAUAGAGGGAUCCUACAAAGAACUUGAGGCACGUAAAAGCAGAGCAGAGGAACUGGAGAAGUUAUACGUGCAGAUGAGUAUGCAGAAGGAGCUACAGAAAAAAGGCCGGAAACGCAAGCUUAGAGAAGACGAGAUGGUGAAUCCAACAUCUAAACCAGUUUACAAAUGGAGGGCUGAAAGAAAGCGUUAAAGAGUGAAGAUUUCAAUGUUUAUGUUUUUUCUGUUUCAAGUUUUAUAUCUGUUUCUUCUUCCCCUCAAAGCUUGCAGAACAUAUUUGAUUUAUCAACUUUAUAUAUGCAAAUCAUAGAAUUAUAUUUUCCAAGUUGAAAAUUGCAAUAUAUUUGAAACCAUAAUAUAUUUAGGUGAAAAUAUUUGAAUGGACAUUUUUACCGACA